AUGAUAGAAAAGGAGAAAAUAAACACGACAUUGUCCGAGAAAGUCGUUCCGCAACGGCCAUUCGGGACAGCUGCCGAGCGAGCACGGCGCAGUCUCAAUGCUAAACUCUCCAAUCCAUUAGCUGGGUUCAGCCAUACCGAACUACGGAAUCAGGGGCGCAAGUUCGCUGAGCUUCACGAGAUGGGCGAUGAGUCUGAUAUCCGUGCUUUCGAGCUGGGUGCUGUGCUGGCACAGUCUCCGGAACGAUACGCCAAUGUCGCUGGUCUAACAAACCAGGAGAAGGCAGUAUUGGGUCGAGAGUUCACACAUCGCUGGUCACAACCAUGGAAAAUCUAUGCUGUCAUUACAUUGUGUUCUUUAUCUGCUACAGUUCAGGGAAUGGACCAAACGGUUGUCAACGGAGCCCAAAUAUUCUACAAACACCAAUUCGGCAUCGGCGAUGACUCCUCUCGGAGUGCCUGGCUCGUCGGUCUAGUCAACUCAGCGCCGUACCUCUGCUGCACCUUCAUCAGCUCCUGGCUAGCAGUCCCAUUCAACCACUGGUUCGGGCGCCGCGGCACAAUUUUCAUAGCAUGCUCGUUGUCUGCAAUAACUUGUCUCUGGCAGGGAUUUGUCUCAACCUGGUGGGCGAUGUUUGUUGCACGAUUCAUGCUAGGCUUCGGCAUCGGCCCCAAAUCAGCAACUGUGCCGAUAUACGCAGCCGAAACAGCGCCGCCGUCCAUCCGUGGUGCAUUGGUCAUGCAGUGGCAGGUGUGGACGGCCUUUGGGAUCAUGGUCGGCUAUGCGGCAGACCUUAUCUUUUACAAUGUCGACUCGAGUGCCAUCGUCGGCCUGAAUUGGCGCUGUAUGAUGGCCUCGGCGAUGUUCCCGGCUCUGGUGGUUUGCUGUUUUGUCUUCGCUUGCCCCGAGUCACCGCAUUGGUACAUGCGACAGAAGCAAUAUUACCGUGCUUACAGGUCUAUCUGUACGCUGCGGAACCAUAAAAUCCAGGCCGCUCGUGACCUGUACUAUAUGCAUACCCUGCUGGAGGCUGAGGAUAGUAUGAAGCUUGGGCGUAGCAAGAUGCUGGAACUGAUUAAAGUCCCACGGAAUCGGCGAGCGAUGUUGGCGUCUCAGAUUGUUAUGUUUAUGCAGCAGUUCUGUGGCGUCAACGUUAUUUCAUACUAUUCUUCCGAGAUAUUUCUUGAGGCCAACUUCUCUCCACCGGCCGCCCUGGCCGCCUCAUUAGGCUGGGGACUGAUCAACUGGCUCUUAUCAAUACCAGCAAUCUACACAAUCGACACAUUCGGCCGACGUAAUCUCCUGUUACUCACCUUCCCACUCAUGUCAAUGGCAAUUUUAUUCACAGGAUUCAGCUUCUGGAUCCCGGAGAGCAGCCACAGCGCACGUCUCGCCUGCAUCGCUUUAGGAACAUAUCUUUUCGGCGUGGCCUACUCACCUGGCGAAGGGCCCGUGCCAUUAACAUACACAGCCGAAGUAUACCCGCUGUAUGUCCGGUCAUACGGAAUGGCGCUAGGCACGGCAACGAUGUGGUUCUGUAAUUUCAUCCUAGGCGGGACAUGGCCGUUACUGCGCGCUGCUUUUACAACACAGGGGGCAUUUGCUUGGCAUGCGAGCUGGUGUGUGGUUGGAUGGUGGAUGGUGCUUUUGUUUAUGCCUGAGACAAAAGGGAAGACUCUUGAGGAGUUGGAUCAGGUAUUUUCUGUGCCGACGAGGGUCCAUGCGCGGUAUGGGUUGAGGCAAAUUGGGUAUUUCUUCAAGCGAUAUCUGUUCAGGAGGGAUGUUAAACCGGAAGUUCUUUAUGAGAGGGAGGAAUUGGUUAAGGCUCAGGAUGUGGGAUUUAAUGCUUGA